UUUCGAGUACGUCAAUCAGGUAUAUGACGUAAUGUGCUUAUUUUCUCUUUCAAAAGCCACUUGUCUGGUCAGAAAUUUGCUAACGUCGACUUGCCUUUCUCAUUCCACCAUCUGAAUAUCCGAUCCUCUAAACGAUGAAAUUGGACGCUACCGAUCUCCGGUAUGUGACACCGGAGGAAUUUAGGGUUCUAACAGCAGUUGAGAUGGGGUCGAAAAAUCAUGAAGUGGUCCCCACGAAUCUUAUUGCUCAGAUAUCCGGUCUGAGGAAUGGGGGUGUCAAUAAACUCAUCGGUUCCCUCGCGAAACGAAAUCUUGUCUCAAAGGUCCAAAAUUCAAAAUACGAUGGAUACAGAUUGACAUACGGUGGUUACGACUUCCUUGCUAUGCGGGCGAUGUCAAAGAGAGAUUCCAUGCAUUCUGUCGGAAAUCAGAUCGGUGUUGGGAAGGAAUCCGACAUCUACAUCGUCGCGGAUUCGGAAGGCAAGGAAAUGGUACUGAAACUACAUCGACUUGGCCGAAUAUCCUUUCGAGCAAUCAAGGACAAGCGGGAUUAUCUCGGAAAGAGGAAAUCAGCGUCAUGGAUGUAUAUGUCUCGCUUAGCGGCUCAGAAAGAAUGGGCUUUCAUGAAGGUCCUUCACGAACACGAUUUCCCUGUUCCAAAACCUAUCGACCAGGCACGACACUGUAUUCUGAUGGAGUUCAUCGAUGCAUAUCCUUUGCGACAAAUAUCAGAGGUCCCGUCUCCAGGAAAGCUUUAUUCGACCUUGAUGGACCUCAUUGUGCGAUUUGCUCACGCCGGGUUGAUUCAUGGGGACUUUAACGAGUUCAACAUUCUCAUACGGCGAGACACCGGGGAGCCUGUCGUCAUUGAUUUCCCUCAGAUGGUCAGCACAUCCCAUGUGAAUGCAGAAUGGUAUUUCAACCGCGACGUUGAAUGCAUCCGUACAUUCUUCAAACGGCGUUUUCGAUACGAGAGCUCCUUGUACCCCCGAUUCAAAACGAUAGCAACAGAGAAUACCUCUGAAUCAAAUUUCAGGCUGGACAUUGUUGUAGCUGCUAGCGGGUUCGGCAACAAAGACAUGAAAGUUUUAGAAGAGUACAUGGCGGCUGUCAAUGAAGAAGAAGCGCGCGAUGGGGAGGAAGAGGAGGAAGAAGAAGACGACGAAGACGAAGAUGAUGAAGACGACGAAGACGAGAAGGCAGGGUACAGAGGAGAUGGAGGACGAGACCAAAAAAACGAACCCGAAGAACCCAAAGCUGAGGAAGACACGACAAGAACAGAUCGCGUCGCCACGGAUGCUGACAGACCUCAGGAUCAUGAUAUCAGGAUGGAUGACGAGCCUCACCAAGCAAAAACGCGAGGACGAACAGAGGACUAUCCAUCAGACGUCUCGGACAUCUCAGAGACUCGAGAACUAUCAAGGUCGCCCCCUCGAUCCAGAUCCGUAUCCCCUGAUUCCCUUGCCAAGAUGACAGAGGCUCUCAGUCUAAACAAUGUUAGAAACAUUGUUUCCUCGAAUCUCUCAAAGAGUCGAGCGCAGCAGCAGAGGAAAUAUCACUCAAAACGUGGAGCUCGGAAGGCAGGAAGGCCGCAGGGUAGUAAAGCAAAGCAGGAUACUCGGGUAAAGAUGGAUAGAAGCGGUGUGUGGGAUUGAAGGCCUUUUGGUUUGACUCGUUAGUACUCAGUAGUAGUCAUUGAGUAGUUGUUACUUACAUUACCUUUUUUGGAUUUACUG